UCGAAGUCGGCUCAAAGCGAACGCACACACAUUCCGCAUCCACCAUGUCGGCCACAGCUAGUAAUACCAGCCGGAUGAUGACAUCGCCGGGCGAUAUGUUUACCUUGGAGAAUCCUGUCUUUUGCUGCUAUCUUUUUUGGUCCACGGUCCUGGUGGUGAAGAUGCUGCUCAUGUCUCUGCUAACGGCCGUCCAGCGUUUCCGGUAUAAGCUGCUGGCAAUCGUACCGUUGACACUACGGCGCAGGAUCUUUCCCAACCAGGAGGAUCUGUUCUUCAAGAAUCUCGAAGUGCAAUUCGAUGAUCCGCAUGUGGAGCGGGUUAGAAGGGCCCAUCGCAAUGACAUGGAGAACAUUCUGCCGUACUUUAUCAUGUCCUUGAUUUAUAUCAGUACCAAUCCGAAUGCCGAUGUGGCCUGCAUACUGUUCCGCGUGGCCUCCGUGGCCAGGAUCAUUCACACUCUGGUUUACGCCGUUUAUCCGGUGCCGCAGCCAUCGAGGAUUCUGGCCUUCGCCACCAUGCUCCUGAUCACCUUCUACAUGGCCGCCGUGGUCGCCUUGCGCACCCUAAGCUUUAUCUGAAUAAAUUCAAGUCCCUUUCGGCUUAACCCUUGAUUACAA